GCUCCGUCUGUUCCAGGAUGAGUGCCAGAACUAUAUCCGCGUCCUGGCCAAGAUCGACAAGAACAAGAUUCUCGUCUGCGGGACCAACUCGUACAAGCCGCUCUGCAGAUACUACGCGUACCGAGAUGGCGAGUACAAGAUGGACAAGGAGUACGAGGGCACCGCCCUGUGUCCCUACGACCCCGAACACAACAGCACGGCCAUAUACAGUGAUGGCCAGCUCUACGCUGCGACUGCGGCGGACUUCUCCGGGGGGGACCCCCUCAUCUACAGGAACCCCCUUCGCACGGAAAGGGCCGAUCUCAAGCAGCUCAAUGGGCCGAACUUCGUCAGUACCAUGUCCUAUGGAAACUUCAUCUACUUUUUCUUCCGGGAGACAGCCGUCGAAUACAUCAAUUGUGGAAAGGCGGUGUACUCAAGAGUUGCCCGGGUAUGUAAACAGGACAAGGGUGGGCCCCAUCAAUUUGGGGACCGUUGGACGAGUUUUCUCAAAUCCCGGUUGAACUGCUCUGUACCGGGUGACUAUCCGUUUUACUUCAACGAAAUUCAGUCCAUGAGCCCCAUAAUAGAAGGAAGAUAUGCAGGCCAAGGUGAAGAGCUGCUGUACGGGGUGUUCACAACUCCUGUAAACUCAAUUGGGGGAUCUGCCAUCUGCGCCUUUAGGAUGCGAGACGUUCUUGGAAGUUUUGACGGACCAUUUAAAGAACAGGAAACAAUGAAUGCCAACUGGUUACCUGUUCAAUCCAUUAAAGUGCCUGAGCCAAGGCCAGGAACAUGUGUGAAUGAUUCUCGUACACUACCAGAUGUGGCUGUCAAUUUUGUGAAAUCCCAUACACUUAUGGACCAGGCUGUCCCAGCUUUCUUUGGAAAGCCAAUUUUAAUCAGAGUUAGCUUGCAGUACAGGUUGACUGUGAUAGCUGUUGACCCUCAAGUUCGGGCUCCUGAUAACAAAGCAUACGAUGUUCUAUUCAUUGGCACAGAUGAUGGGAAGGUUAUAAAGGCAUUAAAUACAGCUUCCCCGAGAAACAACACAGUUAAAACUGUUGUUGUUGAAGAAAUCCAAGUUCUUCCAAAAGAAUUCCCUGUUAAAAAUCUCCAUGUUGUUCAUCUGGAUGUGCCUUCUGGACAGCAACGCACUGACAGAGAUGACAAACUUGUUGUGGUGUCAGAUGUUGAAAUUAUGUCUGUCAAACUCCAACACUGUGAUAAAGUGUCCACUUGUGUGGAUUGUGUCGCUCUUCAAGAUCCAUACUGCGCAUGGGACACAAAGGAAGAGAGGUGUGUCACAAGUAGAGGUAACAGUGACUGGAACAUGAAGCGAUUCCUCCAAGAUGUUGAGGGAGGGCAACCACGAACAUGUGGUUCUUCAGUUCGUGCGCCGCAGGAAUCCCUAUCUCGGGACUACAAUAGAGUAACUGAAACCAUAGAUGUAUCUGACCAAGAUGUCGAAAUGGGGGAGAAAAUGUCAACCCUACCACCUCAAGCCUGUCCAGUAUGCCCCAUAUGCCCCAUUUGUUCGUCCGCUGCCUUGUGUGCCUCUACCACUACAGCCUCCACUACAUCCUCUCCAGAUGUCCCCUACACAACUGUGCCCAUGGGCGCUGCCUCUCCUGCACAUACCUCUUUUGUCCAUCACUCACAUGGGAUGUCAGAACCAGAUAUUCACAAUGAAAUUGUGAUACAAGUGGAUGAAAGAAACAUCAUUUCUGAUACCCUUGCAGGUAUCAGUCAAGCAGGGUCCAAAAUGGCGCCAACUCAAAUACAGUCUCCAUUCUACUCUGCACAGACACUUGUGAUAGCAGUUGCUCUUGCAGUUCUUGCUGCUCUUGUUGUUGGCUUUGUAGCGGGGUUUCUUUUUUCAAGGCGUUGUCGGUCAGACGAGUAUGUCGACAUGCCCUUUCCCGAUCAGAGACACCAACUGAACAGACUGACAGAUGGCAGCCUAAAUCCAGAUUCAACUGCCUAUUUGGGUCCUUGCACCAACAACAAAGCCAUCAAUCUGGUACUCAAUGUACCUCCCAAAAAUGCCAACGGGAAGAACGCGAACUCAUCAGCAGAGAACAAACCGAUACAGAAAGUGAAGAAGACGUAUAUUUAGCAGCAGGGUGCCCUCUCUCUGGCGGUCAAGCUUUGUGUUGCCAAUCCCGUCAAGAAGUUCUUGCGUGUCCGUCGGAGGAGGAAACAUCGAAUUUUUGAGCUUUCCAAAGUUAAAUCCCUGUGAAUGGACUGGGUGACCUUUGAUGGAAAAGCUCCUUCUACAUUUACCAUUUGCGAAUUUGUUUGUCCAUGUGGAUAUCAAUUCCUUUGAGUAAAAGACUGUACGUGUCAUUCUGAAGCAUUUAGAAAGGACUUAACAAGCUGCAGUGUACUGGUGUGGUGCCUCCCUUCUACCAUAGGAUUACGUUCCAGAGUAAAAUGAGUGCACCAUGUGUGAUGAUAAGAAUAGAUGAGAAGUGAACAUGUAUGUGAUAAAAAUCUUUUGCUGCUCUCUAAUAUUACUGACUGCUGCAAAUAGUGAAACAUUAAUUGUGUCAUGUGCAUUUUAAGUGUUGGGUAUUUCAAGCCAAAGGACACUGUUUUGAGAGUAGAUUCUGAAAUAAUUGUAGAAAGUCUAGGAAAGUUUUGUUCUAAGAAAAAAAGAAAUAUGUACAAUUUUGUAGUUUCUCUGACAAAACAGAUCCCAUACAAGUAAUUUGCAUCUGUUGAAUUCUACCAGGGUAAAGUUUGGAUAUCGUAUCUGUUUGCAAUGCACAAAAAGUAAACAAUAUGACAUGCAAGCGAAUGUUGUGCAUGCUUGAUUGUCGUGCCAAUCUGAAUCCUGUUCAUAAAUGAACAUGAUAGUCAACAAAAACAUUUACCUGUAAUAAUUUGUAUGUAUGAAGAUUGUUUUUCAAAGUUUGGAAGUUUCCAAUUUUUUUAAAAAGAGAACACUUGUUUGUGUGCACAGUGAACAGGUACUGUACUUUAAUUUUUGUCGGAAUUGCCAUGCUGGAGAGUGGAGGUAAAACAAUUUAAGAAAAGCUAUGUUCUAAGCUCAAUGCUUCUUGGUUAAUAAUUCCAGAUAAUGGCAAUGCUAGUGUUUUAUGUGAUUCAUUUGCUUUUGUACAGCUGAGUUCAGCACACUGUGAACACAGACAAAUUAAGUCAUUACAGUUUUUACUUGUUUUAAUAACUUUAUUUUAAGAUGAUAGUGUAUGUAAUUGUAUGUAUAUUUAAAAGAAAUUAUCAUGCCUUUAUUUGAUUUUAAGCUGCAAAUUUUAUAGCAAGUAUUAUAUUUCUUAUGACUAGAAAAAAAGCCAAUUUUGUACAGUUAUAUAUUAUGGACAUUUUUAGAAUGCUCCCAGAGUUAAACCACCUUUUUUGUACAUGCUUCCAUGAUGUCUCACUAGCACGACUUUGGCAUUAACAAUAAGCUGUUUUCUUGUUUGGACCAUCAAAUAAUUAUUAAAAAAAGAAUGCUGUUGUAAUUUGUUUGUACAUACUACUGGUUAUUUGAUUCGAACAAGAGUCGUGCUGUGAUCUCAGUGUGAUGUGUCAUGGUAAUUGUUACGUGAUGGCCAAAAGUUUUUCAGAAGCCUGCAGAGGUGUUAUUCCUCUUCAUGUCUUAGAAAUUUUAUUACGUAACAGUUGUACAGUACAUUAUGUUAGAUAUUAGGUUUAAAACUGAUUUAUUCCUGUCUUCUUAAGGCUGAUGAGUUCAGAGCUUAGCUCUUUUUUUGCUGUAGUUUGCUAAACAUGCCCUUUUGUUAAUGUUUAUUUGUCAGUCUUGAGAACCUCAACUGAUUCAAGGACAGUUUGUCAUGAAAGACCUACCAACCCUUGAGUUAAAUGUUUUAGUGCAAUAUUUAAGCUAUGUGCAAUGUAAGAAUUUACAUGAUGGAAUUGACCUGGAGACAUUUUAAAUUUUUUUUGUUUACAGAUUUUUGUGUGAUCAAAAAUGACAAGCUGUGUCUAUUCUUCUCUGGUGCUAUCUUCAGCACUAUACUCAUCUACUUUGUUUUAAAUUCAAGUUGGUGCUUUGGCCAUUUUUGAUAAGAAAAGAAAUUGAAACGAAAGAGGGACUAGAUAGCAUUUGUUGUGUUAUCAAUGUAAUUUUUAUUUUAAAAAACUGCCAGAUGCCUCAUACUUGUCUACUUGACAAUAAUUAGCUUUACUUCUUAAAAUUUUAUAUCUAUUACUAAAAUAUUGCAGUGCAAUAGAUUAAAGCUCCAAAGUCAGACAGCAGAAAACAAAUAUUGAGGCAUUCUUUUAAUUACAAAAUGAUCUCACUCCUAUCAGAAAAUAUAAUUGAAUACAUAGUUCUGAAGCAUUCGCCUGACCCCUGUAAUUGUUUCAAAAUUGUUUGGGCCUUUUCUUCCAAAUUCUCCAGUAUGUUUUUGCUUUCAUUGAUAGCCUUUCUCUUUCCGCUUAUGUUUGUUUAGUUUCCUAUUUUCCUAGGUAUGUACAUAAGAAUUGUUGCCAUUGAAAUGUGUAAUUGUUUUGUUUGCUUUGUGUGCAGGCAGCUUUGUUAUGUUUUAUCUGUGUACUGGACAGCAAUUAGAGCUAUAGAGGACCAGAAAGUGUAAGUAAUUGUAAAAUUUACACCAUAUAUUUUUUACUGGUAAUUUUUUAUGAGUGCAUUUGAGGUUUUUCUGUAGGUACCUUCAGUUUCAAAAGCUUCAUCGGUAAUUAUUCUGCUUCAUUUUCAAACUUUUAACAAUUAUUAUGUGGUAAAGAUAUAUUUUAAUACAUGCAAGUACUGAGCUCCA